AUGGAUUUGGACGAGCGAGUUCCCUGCUCCUCGAAUAUGUAUUUGCCCAGUUGUACUUACUACGUUUCCGGUCCUGACUUCUCGGGCCUCCCUUCCUUCCUGCCCCAGAGCCCGUCUUCUCGCCCCGUGCCCUACUCCUACCCGUCCAACCUGUCCCAGGUCCCGCCGGUGCGAGAAGUGACCUUCCGGGACUAUGCCCUGGAGCCGGCCAGUAAGUGGCACCCCCGCAACAGCCUCCCCCACUGCUACUCCGCCGACGAGCUCAGGCACCGCGACUGCCUCCCGCCCGCCGCCGUGGCCGCCGCCGCCAGCCGGGGCGAGAUGUUCGGGAAGACCGCGGCCGGCGGCGCCUACCACCACCCGGCCGCCUCCGCCACCGCCGCCGCCGCCGCGGCCUCGUCCAGUUUCUAUAGCACGGUGGGCAGGAACGGGGUGCUGCCCCAGGCUUUCGACCAGUUUUUCGAGACCGCCUAUGGCCCGGCCGAGAACCACGCGGACUACGCGGGCGACAAGGGCGCCACCGGGGAGAAAAUGCCGCCCGGAGGAGCCCCCGCCGCCUCGGGGGCAGCUGCAGCCGCGGUGUCGAGUUCGGAGACGGCCUGCGACCGGGAGGCGGCGGCGGCGGCCGAGAAGGAGAGGCGGAGAAGGGCCGAGAGCAGCAGCAGCCCCGCUUCGUCUUCCGGCAACAACGAAGAGAAAUCCAACAGCUCCAGUGGACAACGCACCCGUAAAAAGAGAUGUCCAUACACCAAAUACCAGAUUAGAGAAUUAGAAAGGGAAUUCUUCUUCAGUGUUUAUAUAAACAAAGAGAAACGCCUUCAGCUCUCACGAAUGCUCAACUUGACCGACCGUCAAGUAAAAAUAUGGUUCCAAAACAGAAGAAUGAAAGAGAAAAAAAUUAAUAGGGACCGAUUGCAGUAUUACUCAGCUAAUCCACUACUUUAAGCCUGAAACUUGUAGUGUUUUUCAAUAUGAGAUUAAAUUCAGAUCUCACCCUUGACAAGGUCAAGCCACAGGGUUACUAAUAAGGAGGAGGUGUGCAGAGGGUACUAGGACUCUGAAAAACUAAGAGGUUUUUCUGCCCUACCUCCAACAUUGACCAAGUGUUUUUGUUGUUGCUGUUUUCUUUUCAACUGCUUUUAUACAUAUUUAAGCAUCAAGUGGAAUCCAUUUAACUCUUGGAUCCACCUUUUCAAAAAUCCAUUGUAUCUCUACAACUACAGUCCCUACAACUUCUUCCAACUGGGGUGAGCACAUGUGAAAAGCUGAGAGCGAAUUCCUGGCUUCGUAUUAUGGUUGUGGAUUGAAAACUAUGUUACCUUGGCUUUAUUGUGGAAAAUCAAUGGGAAGACUCCUCAGGGCAUCAUAUAUGCUGGAGGACAACUUCAAAAGGAAACCUUCCAAACGCUUGCCGUCUUACUCGGGCAAUCCCUGGUCCAUCUAUCUGUCCCCCUGAAUGACAAAUUAAUAUUUCUCCCCACAAUUACACACACACCGACAGAGACGAUUCCUUUUGAAAGGACUUCAGGUAAUAAUUUGCCAUAUAUGGUAAGGAAACAAUCACUGAGAAGACAAACACGGGUAGCGUGUGAAAUAACUCUCAUUUUAAUUAAUAACAAUACUGGAGACAAAUCAUUAUGCCCAUAUUUAAAUACUAAAAGGAAAACUUAUUUAAACCUGUGUGGGAGGAGAAGAGAUGAAAGACUAAUAUAAUAGUUCCAAAAUAAGAAAACAAGUUAAAGUGAGACAGAAGUUUCUGGCUUCUGUCUCAGGAACUUUCUCCAGGAAAUGUAUCUGAAAAAGUGCAGUGGCAAAGAUCAGACCACAUUUAAUUGAACUUUAGAUGUGUGCAAUGCCCUGAAAUCAAAGAAUGAAAACCACUAGUAUUUCAUAAGAAGGCCCAGAAGAAGGCAAAGUUUGUAAAUACAGGGAAUUUGUUGCCAUAUCUUGUUGCUCACAUUUAGCCUCAUAUGUCCUACUUAGCUGCUUAGGCGGCAGAGUAAAAAAAAAAAAAAAAGUUCCUUGCAAUGUGUGCAUGUGUAUUUAUGCACAUACUUAAACACACAUGCAUAUAUAUUUCUUUGAAGGAACCAAAGAGCGUGUGAGAGGGAAAGAGACAUGGUUUUAAGGGAAAAAAAGCUAUUUAAAAUUCUGUAUCAGUUUACAAAGGAUAUGUAUUUUAUUGUAAAGGUCACUUGCUGUUGAGAAUACCUGAAUGUAUGUUUCAUACGAGGAUGGUGUUUUACAAGACUUGUACAAUUUAAAAUGGUUUUUGUUGCCAUUUUUCUAGUAUUUUAAGUGUUGUUUCACUUGGAAGGUGUCAGAUUUUUCUUUUCUUGUUUAACGUGUAUAUUGUUACCGAGGCUGUUUUUACGCUGCUUCUAGAAUGGAUGAAAUUUCUUUCAUGGCUGAUGAAUUGCAAUACGUUUAGAUUCUAUCACUGGGGGGGAAAACGUGUAUUGUGCUAUAUGUAUAUACCGUUUUCUUUGAAUAUGGGAAAGCUCUUUCUUGCAUGAGUACA